UCGCGCCACCGCCAGUCUAGCGCCGACCGUCGAUUUGAACGUACCGCGCAUGCGCUCUGCGCGUCAAUAACGAACUGUCAAUUCGAAGCACGUAAAUAAACAAGUGAAUCUCAUUUACGUGAGCCCAUACUGCUUAGUGCGUGAUAUAAGUUAAUUACAAUCAAUAAGAACACUAUUUCAAUUACCGUGCCAAUUAGUGCAACGAAUUUGCAAGUACUCUGAAAGUGAUGUUCGGAUAAGAAACAAUAACAAAAUGAACAUACAAGCUCUUUUUAUUUUAAGCGUUUCACUUUUAUGUGAUGCGAAACUGCCGAAAUACAAGCAAAACGUCCAACCGAACGAAUUACCAAGGAAUCCCACACAGAACUCGCAAGCGUUGGGCUUACUACAGACGGAAAAUAAGAAUGAAAAAACGAGUCGAAUAGUGAACGAAUAUAGAACGCGGCAUCGGAGGGAAUCGUUUGAUUCAAGAUCGUACGAAUCGAGUUUGAUAUGGUCGCAUUCGGAGCGAUUGGACGAAAACGGGGAUGUUUUAUUACGAUGGGUGACCACAGAUUCGAGUAUAACGUUUAGAUUGGAAGCGAAAACACGUGGUUACGUGGGCUUAGGUUUUAAUUCAGCGAGGAAUAUGAGAGGAGCGGAUUUGGUCGUCGCUUGGGUGGACGACAGGCACGGCAACGCUCAGCUUUUGGAUUGUCACGGCCUCACCUUCGAAGACAGAGCUGUAGCUGACGAGGUGCAGAACUACGAGCUGAUAUCUGGCUACCAGAAUGACACCCACACCACCCUGGAGUUCAGGAGACAGUUGGACACGUGUGAUCGACAGGACUUUGUUAUUGGUGAAGACACAACCCAGAUCCUCUGGGCUCUAGGCCCUGAGGGCUCCGAUGGGGACCUCCCCAGACAUGUGAAUAGCGGCACCAGACCACUCAGGUUGUUACAGCCUCUGUCCAAACCAGACACCGUACCACUUAAACAUUGGGACGUCAGGAUUGCUAAUCUCACAAUCCCCCACGUCAUGGCAACACUCUUCUGGUGCAAGAUAUUUAAAGCCCCAGACCUGCCAAAGAAGCAUCACAUAGUCGGCUACCAGCCCUUAAUAGACAGUCGACCAAUCAGGAACGGCAAACCAGUGAUAGAGAAGGACAGUCUAUCUCCAGUACAUCAUAUGGUGUUGUAUGAAUGUGCUGAAGACCAUGAUAAAAGGCUAUGGAGUGAAUGGGCGGAGGGUGAAGGCUUCUUUGGGCCGAGUAGGCCUGGUGAAUUGGCGACAUGUGUGACUCCUAUCGCCGCGUGGGCUAUGGGUUCUAAAGGUGAAUUCUUGCCAGAAAACGUUGGGAUUCCGCUAGGGGAGAGAGGUGGCGUCUCAUACUAUAUGUUGGAGGUUCAUUAUGAUAACCAGGCGUUACAUGAGGUAUUGGACAACUCCGGUAUCCGCAUCCACUACACACCGGUAUUACGCAACCACGACGCCGCGUUACUCGGUGCCGGUAUCGGUGUGUCGGUAUUACACGUGAUACCGCCGAAGCAGCGAGCAUACCGCACCGUGGGUAUAUGCAGCCCGGAGUGCACUAAUAGCACGAUGCCAGAAGAAGGAAUCAAUAUUGUAUCAGUUCUACUGCACGCUCACGGCACCGCUAGGAAAAUCACCCUCAAGCACAUUAGGGGAAACGAGGAACUUCCUAAAAUAUCAGAGGAAAACGUAUACGACGCGCGUUAUCAACAAUCCCGGAUCGUUCCGGGUGGGCGACGGUUCUUCAAACGCGAUACACUUAUCACCGAAUGCACUUACGAUAGUUCGAGCAGAGAUAAGCCCAUACUUGGUGGAUAUUCCGCUACGCAGGAAAUGUGCCUAUCCUUCAUACUAUACUACCCUCGGACGGAGCUAGCCGGCUGCUACUCUAUGACCCCAGUUGUUGAGUUCUUUGAAACAUUUGGAGUUAAAGAAUUUUAUGGACUCAGCAUGAUGCAAGUCGAGAAAAUAUUCCUGUCUUCUGGGAACUUGGAAGGCUUGCCACAAGAAAUCGAAGGCGAUAUAAGUGCACUGCAGGGAGAUGACCAAGGAGUCGGUUUAAUGAAGGGUCUAGUAAUAAAGGAACCCCCAGAAUUCCGCAACAAAACGUUUAUGGCGCACUUGAACGAAAUGCCCUGGUCCGAGCCGCUAUUAACCGAACAAAUUGAGAAGACAUUGUACAGAGGAUGGCAUAUGACGUUCUGUAAGAAGAGAGACGAUAGUUGGGGAGCGCCAAUCCAAAUCCAAAACUACCCCAACUACACAAGACUAUCUAGUAACGACGCAUCCGAAAAAUCCUGCCAUUACAAGAGUGUCCGACUUCCUUCAGUCACAGGAUCAACCGGCGAAGCUUCUAGAACAAAAAUAUCCGCCAUCUUGAUUCUAACCUCUUUGUUUAUAGCGCGGUAACAAUCUGUUAAUGUUAAAACCGAUGAUAUUAUAAGCAGAAAGGUAGACUAAAGGUAAAUUGAAAUGUGGCUAAUUGGCCAGAAUUGACUUUAAUUGCUCUUUUUCGAUCACAUAUGAGUAGAAAAGAGACAACAAAAGAAUUGAAUGAAAGAAUGAUUAUUGUUUCAAGAAUCAUUCCAUCUUUUUUUGUUUUUGAACAUCGAAUGUUUUAUACUUUUUACUUAUAAUAUCACUGGUUAAACCCAUUGUUGUUUUUCGUUGUGAGUUUAAAAAACGAGAGCUUUUAUUGUUUUGAUUGCGUUCCAAGCGAAAAGCUUGUAAAGUAUUAUUAUUAGUUUAUGCCAAAUACGUUUCGUAUUAUCUGUGCAGUUUUUAAUUUAUUGACAAAUUAAUCUGUGGCUGGAGUCUUGCGAACAAUGCAUUGAAAUGUUGUAUAUUAAAUUGUAGUUAAUGUUUUUGUGAUUUUUGUACUUAUGCGAAUUUGCUCACGAAAACGUUGGCUUAAAUCGUGACUGUGUGAAUGUUUUAUAGGUGAUAAACGAUACCAAAUGGUAUUAUUUUAUAGUAUUUACAAUUAAUAUACUGACUGAUUCGUCUCAAUUUUCCUUGUACAUAAUCUAUCGAUGUUUCUACCUAAUAUUUUUUGCUAUAAAUUUUUUGUGUAGCAAAAAUAUUAUAAAUGAAUACUCCUUAGUUAAUGGCUUCGAACCAAUUCCCUGUGGCUUCAUAUUUCUUUUAUUUUCUUGUAAAAAUUGUUCUUUUGCUUAAUUAUGAUUUGAGAUUAUUUGAAUUUAUCAAUUUCAAAGAUUUUUCUACUGAUUUCUGAGUUAUAUUUUUUUUCAAUGUACUUGCAAUGCAUUCCUCUAAGCGUUUAAUCUUGAAUUAAAAAUGAUUCAUAGUUCAUAACAUGUACUAGUAUUUAUCAAAGAAUUUGUUGUUGAUCACACAGUUUAUAGUUAUACCUACCCGCAAAAUAUGGAAAAUGUAUAAAUAAUAUUUAUAAGACUUAACAUUCAAUUAGGGCUGUGCUACAUAGGCUCUCCAUACUUUUACAACUACCCUCAAUAAAUAAUAUUGAAAUUUUAACUUUUUAACAUUUACAAACAUUGAAGGGUAGUUGUAAAACAUAAUAUUUGAAACGAACAAUGUUUUUGAGUCAUUCUUUUUAGGUUUAUUGCAUUUUGCUAUAAUUUAUAUUUUUCUAAGGUGUAGUUGUAAGUAUACGCUUAGUAAUUAAGGUUUAUUUAUUUAAAAGUCAAUAUAAUGUGUUUUAUUAUUUGA